AUGCGGCGAGUCAAGAAGUCGCGUCACGGCUGUGCGCGAUGCAAGAGUAAACGGGUCAAAUGCGGCGAAGAGAAACCUCAUUGUAGCCGCUGCACACGUCUGGGCGUGCGCUGCCCGGGCUAUGUACAGUCUCUGCGCUGGAUAACCAAGCAUGAGCAGUCGGAUCAGACUUCCAGCGCAUCUAUAUCAAAUGAAAACAGGACGAGCCCCGCUUCGUCGUCAAAUGUGCCGCAACAGCAGCAGCAGCCUGAGCACAUCGGCCAUGUUUUACCUUUGAAUGACGACCCAGUCCAGCGGCCGUCGCACGACAAUACCGCCACUCCAAAUCUUGGGAUGGGCGGACCAAACCCUGUCUGCGAGAACUUGUGGGAUCUCCCCGGGAACGGGUCUUUGCCUGAACUGUCCGACCUCUGUCCGCCAUCUCCCGGCCCAGGUCCAGCGUCCUUCUCGCCGCAGCGAGGCUCAGUCUACAACCUUGGACGAUCGGGAGAUUCUCCCGGAGAUUUGUCGCAUUUCCUGUCUCUUAUCGGUCCACCCGCCCCGAAUGACGAGGAGCCCGGCAGCAUAUACCGAGACUUUUCACCGUCGGCCAUCGUCCGAACUUAUCCUCCAGCGCUGCAUCCUUCAAAAUCACGCGAUUUCAUGUCCAUCUCUUCUCCGCUAAACAAUCCGUCAUGGACUCUGAUCGAAUACUAUUUCAAGGAAGUUGCAGCGCUGUUCUCAAGCUAUGAUAGCCAAAUGAACCCGUUCCGGACAACGGUCUCCCGGCUGUGGGGGUCCUCGUUGGCGAUGUGCCGAACAAUGCAGAGCAUGGCAGCUGCAACGCUGGUCAAUGACUUCCCUCAGUUUGGGCCUCUGGGCCGGAAGAUGCGCAAGGAGGCGGUGGACAUCAUCACCCGCGAAGCAGUCAUGGAUGACAAGGCCCUCUUAGCACUACUCAUGCUCGGUCAGACGGCGAGCUGGCAUGAUCCGACGGAUCUGGGGAUUUCGUUCUUCAACCUGCUGCGCAAACAGCUCAAUACUAUUGCGUCGUCCUCGUCCCACUGUCCGGGAUUUGACUUUACAUCCAAGAACUCCAGUAACAACUACCGGUUUUUCGAGGAAGCCCUUAUCUACUGGGAGAUGCUCCUGUCAUUCGUGACCGACAACGACACGAUGGUGUUCUCUGACAAUUCGCGAUCCGCAACAUCCAUGGGUGAGUCUCUAGUUCUCCAACGAGUCCCGCAUCCUUGGACCGGCAUCGCGCGAGACACCCAGUUUACCGUCCACGAAGUUGGACGACUAGUCCGACGCGAGCGGAAGCGAAUUCGAACCAGGCGCUUCACUUCUCAGGACGACAUCGCGCGCGCCCAGAUGGCCAUUGAAAAAGCGCGAGAACUAGAAGCUCGGCUCCUGGACCUCGCCCAUCCAUCUGAAGCUGAGAUCGUGAGUCCCGGCGACGACGAUACUCCAGUCUGGCACCUCCUCACCAUGGCCGAAGUCUACCGUUGCACGGGUCUGAUGCAACUCUACCGCGUCUUCCCAGACUUGCUACACAGUCGUCUACCGUCUCCUGGACCACAAUUCUCCGCUGCUGCAGCGUCUACACCCCGGGAUCCGUUCUUCCCAAUCGAUCUCGAAGGCAUGGAUAUGCCUCCGGGCUUUUGCAGCAAUAGCCCUGCAGGUGCUACCAACAAUAAUAAUAACCCCCAGAAUACUGCCCCGUCACCAUCACUACGCAACCAACCUAACCUCUACCCUCCCUCACCCGGCCGACCAUCCGCAGCACAAAACCCACCCGAGAGCUUUGAUAUAGAGUCCGACCCCGACAACUCCUUCUACGAAAACUGGCUCACCGAAUUCGCCGUAACAACCCUCAACCGCCUCAAAACCAUCCCCCUCGAAUCCCGCACAAGAUGUCUCCAGCCCUUCUUACUUGUUGCAUCAAGCAGCGAGCUCCGCCUUCCACGCACAUGCACACCUCACCAACCUACAUCUCCACUCAGCCAAGGCAAUACCAACGACCAUAACUAUUACAAUGAAGAAACAAAUAACGACACCGAUAAUUAUAACGAUAAUGACGACGCUGAUAGCAACGAAAACCAAGGCCCCGCCGUCUCAAUGGCUGCCAUCGAGGUCUCGCGCACACGGAAAUUCAUCCUCGGCCGUCUCACCUCGUUUCUGCAUGUGUUGCCUCCGAAACCGAUUAAUGUGUGCUUAAAGCUUGUUACUGAGGUGUGGAAAAGGAUGGAUGCGGGUCAGGAUAGUGGGACGUUUUGGAUGGAUGUUAUGAUGGAGAAGGGAUGGGAGACUACGAUGGGAUAA